ACAGCCAGAGGCCCCGGGUGUUUCAGGCAGCGCGCGCACUAAGCUGUUUUUCUCUGCCGCCGAGGGCAGUUGUACUUCAGUCGCCAGUUGAGCCGUUCACAGCGGCAGAGCCUGUACUCAAAGAGCGUAACGUGCGGCGUAAAGUUGUGUAUAGCAACGUGGGAAGUUCUGUGGUGAUGUCCUGUCCUGACAGAAACUGACUGCAGCAGCGAGGAGUGAGUGGUUGUGGGGCCAGUCCCGCAGCAAACGCCAUGGCUAGUCGUGCAGCACUCAUUGUACCCAACUCCUGACGGGACGGCACGCAAGCCCUUUCUCUCCUGCCGUGUGCUGGGUGGUUGCCUUCCGAGUACUGUACAGUGCUGUGCCGCCGUGUUGUGUGUGUGUGCUUCUUGCCCCUUUCCUGUGUGUGCCUCAUCCACACACUGCAGGCAGCCGGGGGUCGAGUUGCAGCAGUUUCUUAUUUUGUUCAGCUACACGGACUUGGCUUUGUUGUAGCCGAGACCAAGUGUGCAGCACGGUGAGCCAUCAUGGAUCUCGACUCCCACCACAACAAUAACGGCGGCUUCUGUGCAGCUUCCGCGCUUCGGCAUCGGCAAAAGCCUUGGAGUCUGGUUAUUCUGAGCAUGGCUCUGGUGGUGCACGUGCCGGGGACCCUGGGCACGGAGGCUGUGCGAUCGUGUGAGCCCAUUCGUUACGAAAUGUGCAAGGGUCUGGGUUACAACGUCACGGGCAUGCCCAACCUCGUGGGACACCGGGACCACCAGGAUGCUUCGCUUCAGCUGCAGACCUUCACCCCGCUCAUCCAGUACGGCUGCUCCAACCAGCUGAAGUUCUUCCUCUGCUCCGUCUACAUCCCCAUGUGUACCGAGAAAGUGAUGGACCCCAUCGGUCCGUGCAGGCCCAUGUGCGAGAGCGUUCGUCGCCGUUGUCAACCAGUGCUGAAUGAGUUCGGAUACCCGUGGCCAGCCGCCCUCAACUGCUCCAAGUUUCCGCCACACAAUGACCAGAACCACAUGUGCAUGGAUGGACCUGGGGAAGGAGUUGAGGAUACGUAUACCCAUCGUCCUUACAAACCUCGUCCUGCGAAGGAAGGCUACACUACGCUUUACCCUGGGGAGGAACGACCACCAGGGGCACUACCCCCUAUUCAUCACCUGAGGAAGUGUAUAGCUUAUCAAAAUGCAGAGAAAUACGUGUACAUCAAUCGCACCGAGAGAUGCGCCCUGUUGUGCGGGCAUGACGAUGCCUUCUCGAAAGAAGACAAGCGUUUCGCAGACGUGUGGAUGGCCAUUUGGGCAGGUGUGUGCUUCCUGUCCACUCUUUUCACUGUUCUUACCUUCCUUAUCGACUCUCAACGCUUUCGCUAUCCCGAGCGUCCCAUCAUCUUCUUGUCCAUGUGCUACAACAUCUACAGCAUCGCCUACAUCGUACGGCUUAUCGCCGGCCGAGACGACAGCUGCGACAUGGAGAGCCAAAGCGGUAAGAGUAUUUUAAUUCAAGAAGGGUUGGAAAACACGGACUGUGCCAUCGUGUUCCUCCUUCUGUACUUCUUUGGUACUGCGAGCUCCUUGUGGUGGGUAGUGUUGACCUUCACCUGGUUGGCCGCGGGGCUGAAAUGGGGUCACGAAGCAAUCCAGCUUCACAGUUCUUACUUUCACCUAGCCGCUUGGGCGUUGCCGGCGAUAAAAACCAUCGUCAUUUUGGUCAUGAGAGACGUGGAUGCAGACGAACUGACGGGGGUGUGUUACGUGGGCAACCAAAACACAAACACCCUCAUGGGCUUUGCUGUGGCCCCACUGAUCGUCUACCUCUUGCUGGGUAUUUCCUUUUUGGCUGCAGGCUUCCUGGCACUUUUCAGAAUUCGCAAGCAAGUGCGGAACGACGGGGUGAAGACAGACAAACUAGAAGUGCUGAUGGUGCGGAUCGGUAUAUUUUCCGUGCUGUACACAGUGCCUGCCACGUGCCUGAUCGGCUGUCUGUUGUACGAGUACGUCAACAGAGAAUCGUGGUACAUGAAGCGUGACCACAACACGCCAAACAUCGAAGUGUUCAUGUUGAAACUGUUUAUGUCCUUGGUGGUGGGCAUCACCAGUGGCAUGUGGAUCUGGUCAGCCAAAACCUUGGCCUCGUGGAGAGGCUUUAUCCGAAAACUCUGCACUCGCCGGGCACCUGCCGAGGGCAGGAAAAGUGGAAUUGAAUAUAGCGUUCCCAUUCAUCAUUACCAGCAGGUACCGGUCAAAUCUCAUCAGCAUCACACAGGCAGGACCAUACGCAUGGACAAAACCAGCUCAAGCGUGGAAAAUCAGACUCAGAGACCAUCGUGUGAAGCCAAGAAAUGCCGGUGUCAAGACCUUGUAGCAACACAGACCAUCGUAGUUCUUGGUCGUCGUGAGACGUUCUCAUUGUUUUUUUUUUUAAUUAUUGAAAUUUAUGUGUAACACCGACAUUGUGUGUACUUACAUUGUUGUGUAAACAUUGAACAGCACAACUGCUGAAUAAGUCUUAAAAAAUGAAAACAUUGCAGGUUACAAAAGUAACAGUCACUGCACGCGAACAGGUCUGAGGAAUGUUGAUCGCUGUGAGUGGAUGGAUAGAAUGUUGUUUGGCAAGUGACUACAAGAAUUGAUGUGCCCAAAAAUUUACAGUUCAGUCCUGUGACAGUCCCUCUGUUAGAAAACUCGUUUCUCCUUGUGUGCUCCAUGCCAGUAUCUAUCGACCCAUGUGAUACACAGCGCUGGCGCUCCUGCACGAUCGCGCACGCCCGAUCCUGAUGGGCAUUUGCUUUAUGAGUCACUUGUGUCCUGUCAGCGAGCUGUGCACUGCCCCGGCGCCUGGUGUCUUGGGCCUCCCAUCUGUCCUUGAUUUGUGUCUCCAUCGGCCACGUGUGGUGUGUGCUGCACAUUUUACACCUGUCUCUCUCCUUCACUCUCUCUCUCCCUCUCUCCUUCCUCCUUCUCUCUCUCUCUCCUCCCUCAAUCUCUCUUGUAUUCUUGGAGAAUUGUGAUUUGAGACAGUGUCUGGACUCCAAAGUUUCUCAGCUUGUGACAAUACUAAUUACCUGAGACAAUUGGAUUUUCUUCAAACUCUUUGCCAAAGACAAAUUAUUAGAGUUUGUGUGUCAGAACCUGGGAAAGAAAUGGGAUUAUGAAUUCAUUGUGCCAUCUGUUCGUGUGCGAAAAAAAACAAAAAAAAACCCAAAAGCUUUGCUCCCACCAGACCAAAGAGAUGAACAUUAUCUUCCUGCCUACCUACCAACCUACUUACCUGUCUACCUGUGCACGGUAAAUAAAUACUCGCUUAUGUGUUGUUACAUGACUGCAUUUGUCGCCGUUCGGACCAAUGUCUGGGGGGCCAUUAGAGUAGCCCAUCUUACGGGUAAAAGUUCGAUAAUUUCAGUUGUGUGUGUGUGUGGAGAGAGAGAGAGAAAGUUGGAGGGGGGGGGGAGGAGAAAAGAAGGAGAAUGGAGUCUGAUGAAUGAUUGAAACCAACAUGUUAUUGGAAAGAAAAUGAACUUAACAAAUGUUUAAUGUUCUAUGUAUUUAGAAAAGUCUGAACACUCGUGAAAUCUUUUUAAAUGCUAAGACUUGUUAGCGUGAACUUGAAGCUUUAAGUUAUUUAGACAGAAUUAAUAAUGUUUGAGGUUGGUUUUUAUGUAUGACUUCACAUACCUCUAGAAGCACGCUUACUGAUGUGGUAGUCCCAUAGUUGAAAAGCUAUCCUCGUUAUGGGUUUGAACAAAUUUUAUCCAGAAAUGAAUUUUCAUGAUUGAGGUACUAAACAUGUAGAUCUCAAACAGUGUUCACUUUAAGCAUCGUAUUCAUUUGCAUUCUCUCUUUGAAUUCAUUGUUGUGUUGCUGUGAGAGAGAGAGAAGAGUGGACGGUGCAGUUGUUUCAAACUGUCAGUACGGGGUAGUUUCUUCAUGGGCGCUUUGUGGCCACCUAUAUGCGUGUCUGUUGUCAUUUGAUAGUUGAUAUGUUUUUGUAUAUCAGGUUAUGCUGUUGUGCCCAAAGAUUGCAGUAUUCCCUCACACCUCUAAUACUAUUUUCUUGUCAUGUUGAACAAAACUGAGUGAGCGUUCA